AUUAUCAAGGAAGUACCUCCACCACCUAUUGAGGAGAGUGAGGAAGAAGAUGAUGAUGGUCUGCCUAAGAAAAAGUGGCCUACAGUAGAUGCCUCUUAUUAUGGGGGGCGUGGCGUUGGGGGCAUUAAAAGGAUGGAGGUUCGUUGGGGAGAAAAGGGUUCCACUGAAGAAGGUGCUAAGCUGGAAAAAGCAAAGAAUGCAAGAGUCAAGAUGCCUGAGCAGGAGUAUGAAUUCCCUGAACCUCGAAAUCUCAAUAACAAUAUGCGUAGGCCUUCUUCUCCCCGGAAGUGGUACUCUCCAAUCAAGGGAAAACUUGACGCCUUGUGGGUCCUGUUAAGGAAAGGUUAUGAUCGUGUGUCUGUGAUGCGUCCUCAGCCAGGAGACACGGGGCGCUGCAUCAACUUCACCAGAGUCAAGAACAAUCCGCCUGCCAAGUACCCGCUCAACAAUGCCUACCACACCACUUCACCACCGCCUGCCCCCGUAUAUACUCCCCCAGCGCCUGUUCCUCAUUGUCCUCCUCCCCCGCCCAAUGCUCCCACCCCUCCAAUCCCAUCCCCACCUUCCAACCUCCCGCCUCCCCCUCAAGCCCCACCCCCCAACAGAGCACCUCCUCCUUCCAGACCUCCUCCCAGGCCUUCUGUUUAA